AUGGUUGAUGCUAUUUUUGUUAUUUUUAUGGUAUUCCAUGUCCUCAUCUCCGAAGUAGCACUGACUGAAAACCCUGGGAACGGAACUUGUGGCACGCCAGGAGGUGGAUUCAAAUGCUGCACGGAUUAUAAACGAAAUGGCAGUAGAUGUGUUCCAUGUAUAGGAUCAUUCGGACUUGGGUGCACUAAUAUAUGUCCUCCUCGGUACUAUGGAUUUGGGUGUAGGAAGAAAUGUGAAUGCGAGCAGUGUGACAAACUAAAUGGAUCAUGCAUAGUAGCAAUGCAAAAUAUUGGAGUCCUCAUUCUCACUAUCACUUUCCUCGGGAGCAUCAUAGUCGGGAUCUUGAUAAUCACCCUCAUCACUGUUGACAUCUUCAUCACUGUUUAUCUGACUAGUGGAUUGUCUAGACUGUUGAUGGGAUGGUAAAAGACCAGCAGCCACUAUUAAAGACAUUUCAUCAAACAGACUCGAACACUGAACACCAGUAGACACUGUAGUCACGAUUGAUGAUUUAAACGAUACUUGAAUACGUCUUGUCCAUUGAGGAACUGGGAUGAAUUCUUAACACCGCUUGCAGCAGGUUUCUAUUAAACUUACCGGACU